GUUAUUUAAGGUUUCUGUCUAGGUGAAAAUAAAAGAGGAGGAAAAUGAGACCAUAUACAGUGGGUUAUUUAGCCGGUACAAGUGCUGUUAUUUGCCUUUGUUAUAUAAUAUACAAGAACCAGACUGGACCAUUGUCUGAUGAGCAUAAACCUGGCGUCACAAAUGAAGUCGUUUUGGAAGGAGUAUUUUCACAAGAUCGUAAAAAUGCCGAACAUUCUAAAAAUUUUCAACCUAUGACUAUACCCAUGGUUCGAAACAGCUCGUUUGAUUAUAAGGCUGCCAUGAUGAAACUGAACAAAGCAAAGGUAAGCCAAGACGACCCACGGCUUAUAAAGUUGAUAAGAGAUUAUUACAUCGAGCCACCUUCAACAGCACCAUAUAACCUUCUGAAUCCAGAACGACUGGAGUUCUCCAAUGGACAGACCCCUUUUGUUGAUAGCAGAUUAAAUUAUAUGGAGGGUGGGUUUUACAUUGAAUGUGGAGCUUUGAAUGGAGAGAAAGGAUCAAACACACUCUUCUUUGAGAAAGUAAGGAAAUGGAACGGUUUACUCAUAGAAGCUGAUCCAGAAAACUAUAAAGUUUUGAAGACAAAGAACAGAAAGGCGUUCUCUAUGCAUUCUUGCUUAAAUCCAAAACCAUAUCCAGCAUUGAUGACAUUCAACAAAGCUUUCAACAGAGGCCGAGUUGUCCACAACCAGGAAGCCAAGAAUUGGAUAAAGAAGCAAAAUAUCGCCAAAGACGAGAUUCAAAUUCAGUGCUUUCCCCUUUAUUCCAUACUCCUAGCCUUAGAUCAGUUGACUGUGGAUUUCUUUAGUCUAGAUGUGGAAGGAGAUGAAUUAAAUGUAUUGAAGACCAUUCUAUGGGAUAAGGUGAAUAUAAAGAUGUUAACAGUAGAGUAUGUUCAUGAUGUGGGCUCAUCAGGUGGGUUAAAGAGCUAUGUGGAGAAACAAGGUUAUGAUUCAAUGUUACAGGUCUCACGGUGGGACGGGGGAGUUAACGAUAUUAUAUUUAGAAAGAAAGGGUUGACUCAUUAGGAUAUUUGUUUUAAAGAUUUUGUUUCCUAUCUGUGCCUUUAGACAUAAUUUAAACAAUAAUAAUGUUUUAAACACUCUUUAUAUUCAACUAAAAACAGAUUUAAAUUUUGAAAAUUAUUUAAAUACUAUCAAAUCUAAAUAUCUAAGGAGUAGUAUUACGCGUUUAAUAAUUUCUUCGCAUAAUCUUAGAAUUCAAACAGGUAGAUAUGGUAGGAAUAGAAUAGAUAAACAGGAAAGAUUAUGCCAAGUGUGUCAAUGCUCCGAGAUUGAAGACGAGUAUCAUUUAAUUAUUUGUUUGGGUCGUCAGACCAAACAAAUAAUGGUAGCAAAAUUUCAGACCCUGAUGUUGUUAAAAGUAGUCCGCUUUUUUUGAAGCGGUUACUUCCCUUUAUAUGUACACUAACGCCGAAAAAUUCUCUAGAGGAGAUCACUGCGUAAAGAUUGUCAAUGACAGGCGCAUUACUUUUCAAGCAAAAUAAUUCCCGAAUGGUUGAAGAUUUCUAAUAUUGUUUUAUUCUUUAUAGAUAUACAUGCUUAUAGUAAGCUCCAUGAUUAUUUACAUCUGUGUUAAACAACAGGUUUUUACGGAAUACAAAUUCUAAUUUAGAAUAAUAUGGUUUUCUUCAUGCCAUCACCGUGGCCGAGGGGUUUGCACGCUCGCUUAGAAAGCGAGUGGUCUGGAGUUCAAAUCCCAGUUAAGGCAAC